UCAGGUUGAUGAUGAUAAGUUUAAUGAUUUUGAAAAACGCAAAAUGCGAUUACGAAACCCACUUGGCCGUUAUUUUGUGAACAGUUCCAAGUGCCGUAUGCCCUAUGUGGAUCCCUUUUCCAGCGGGGUCUUAGCUACCCUUGAACCUGUAAAAUACAAGACGUGCAGCAAGGAAAGUGAUUUCCUUACCCUGAACUUUGAUUUAAAUCUGCAGCAGUAUAGUUUGCAUGCAAAUAAGGAAGUGUUAUCUAAGUUUUUACCUUCUAAGGCCAAAAUGAGCUGCCAUUACAGAGGGCUUUCAGAUGAUAUUGAUGGAAAAGCGCUGAAAAAAAGCUUCCAGCAAACUGAGGUUUUAAGCACCAAACUAACUGGCAUCAUAACGGAGUGUCGCCUAGCUGGAAACACCUCUGAGAUUUUUCAACAGGAUGCAUUUCCUUUGAUUCAGAUACCUAAUCGAACGUCAACAUCAGAUUCCCAAUUGGUGAACAAAAAACCUAGUGUUAUAAUCCUAGGACUGGACAGUCUUUCACGAAUGAAUUUCAAGCGCACGAUGCCAGGAACAUCGCAAUUUGUGAAAGAACUUGGAUUUUUCGAGAUGGAGGGAUACAACAAAGUGGGCACACCAUGUUUUCCAAAUCUCUGUGCCAUUUUUGCUGGUGAACUCUCGGGAAAGCAGUGCCUGGAACGUUAUCCUUUACUAUGGAAGAAGUUUAAGGAAGCCGGCUAUAUAACAGCAUUCGCAGAAGACAUCUUGCGAUCAUCGAUCUCUGUACAGACUCCAAGCGAUUAUGAGCUUCGCUCUUUUCUAACACAGAUUGCCGAAUCUAUGAGUAUAUAUCGAAAAUUUGGUACCGAAUACUGCAUAGGUAGACGCUUAAGCUUAUCCUAUUUAUACGAUUUUUGUAUGCAGUUCACGGAGCGCAUAAUAGAGGAGCUAGAUCACCCGGCCUUUGGUUUAUUUUGGAGUUCCUCCUUAACACGUAACUACCCGCUGGGAGCCAUUAUCCUGGAUGAUAAGUUCAUGGAGUACUUGGAGCUAAUGCGAAAGCAUAAGGUUUUUGAGCGAUCCAUUGUGAUUCUAGUCAGUGAUCAGGGUCAAAAGGAAUCAGACUUUGUCAAACUUCCAAAUGCUUUCCUCGAAGAAAGACUUCCCAUGUUGCAUAUUUAUUUACCGGAAUGGUUCCUCAUUGCAUACCCAAAGUACGCCGAGAAUCUGCAUCUGAAUCGCAAUCGCCUGACUUCUCCAUUUGACCUCCAUAAUACCUUAAACCAUUUACUAAGUCUCAACACAUCAAAUACUAAUGAAUUAUCUCCACUGCAAUACUGCUCCACAUGUCAGUCCCUGUUCCAUUUGGUUCCUCAAAAUCGCAGCUGUGACGAGGCUGGCAUUGGAAUGAAUUGGUGCGCCUGCAACGAGUUUGUUCCCCUGCCCAACGAUGACAGAUCAUACUUUUUGGGAAAACUUCUUGUUUUCCACAUCAACAAAUGGAUGCUGAAAAGGCGAUUCAAUCGAUUCUGCCAGAGAUUGCAACUUCUUGAACUGGAUUAUAUGGAAGAAGCGAUUAGUAAUGACGAUGGCCAGGAAGGGACUUAUAGCCUAAGGAUUCGCACCUUUCCCAUUCAGGGAGUUUUCGAGGCUACGAUUCGGUAUAGGGAGGAUCUAAAUGAUUUUAUUGAUUUAAGAAUGUCGGAUAUUAGUAGCAUGAUUAACUACCAUAAACAUUCGAUGUGCAUAAAUGAUAAAAUGGCAAAGAAGUUCUGUUUUUGCUAUCCAGACAAGUUAAAUGAAAAUAUGAAGGUGUGGAAGAGCUUGAAAAGAAAAAAGUUCGCCAAACAAACUUCUUCUUUUCCUUCAGAAAAUGUAACAUUGGAAAAUCCUUUAAUUCCAUUCCUUGAUCAAUCUUGAAC